AUGGCUGACUUGCUGCUUCUCCCUGUGGUGACCAGGGUGACCGGCAAGGCCACCGACGAGCUCGUUCAGAGCGUCACCCGAAUGUGGGGCAUCGACACCGACCGUGGCAAGCUGGAGCGGUUGCUGUGUGCGGUUCAGUGCAUGCUGCCUGACGCCGAGGUGAAGGGCGAGACCAGCCCCGUUGUCAGGAGGUGGAUGAAGGAACUUAAGGUCAUCGCCUAUCAGGCAGACGAUGUCCUUGACGACUUACAGUAUGAGGCUCUGUGCCGUGAGGCCAAUGAGGGUGAGCCCACGGCACGCAAGGUAUCAAGUUACUUGACCCUUCACAGCCCUCUUCUGUUCCGUCUCACUGUGAGUAGGAACCUGAGCAAGGUUCUUAAGAAAUUGGAUGAUCUUGUCCUGGAGAUGCACACUUUAGGUCUGGUGGAGCGCCCGGUGGCGCAACACGCUCUAUGUCAGCAAACGCAGGUAGUACUGGAUGGCUCUGCUGAAAUCUUUGGUAGAGAUGAUGACAAGGAGGUGGUAGUAAAGCUGUUGCUUGACCAGCAGCAUCAAGGUCAGAAGAAUGUACAGGUGCUGCCCAUUAUAGGGAUAGGGGGUGUGGGCAAGACCACGUUAGCAAAGAUGGUGUACAAAGACCACAGGAUUCAUAAGCACUUUGGCUUGAAGAUAUGGCAUUGUGUGUCUGAAAACUUUGAACCCAUCUCUGUUGUGAGAUCCAUCAUCGAAUUGGCUACAGGUGAAAGAUGUGAUCUGCCUGACGACAGCAAUUUCUGGAGAGCACGACUUCAAGGAGCCAUUGGCCGGAAAAGGUUCCUACUCAUCCUUGACAAUGUGUGGAAUGAAGAGCAGGGCAAGUGGGAGGAUGAACUUAAGCCACUACUGUGCACAUCUAUUGGAGGAUCAGGAAGCAUGAUUGUUGUCACUAGUCGAAACCAACAAGUGGCUGCUAUAAUGGGCACCCUUCCAACACAGGAGCUAGCAUGCUUGACUGAAGAUGAUUCAUGGGAAUUAUUCUCAAAGAAAGCAUUUAGUAAAGGAGUACAAGAGCAACCAGAAUUGGUCACUAUUGGCAGACGCAUCGUCCACAUGUGCAAGGGACUGCCUCUUGCUCUGAAUACAAUGGGUGGCUUGAUGAGUUCAAAACAAGAAGUCCAGGAUUGGGAGGCCAUUGCAGAAAGCUAUAAUAGUGAUACCAGUAGAGGCACAGAUGAAGUAUUGUCCAUCCUAAAACUGAGCUACAGACACUUGCCAAAGGAAAUGAAGCAAUGUUUUGCAUUCUGUGCAGUUUUUCCAAAGGACUAUGAAAUGGAGAAGGAUAAGUUGAUCCAACUAUGGAUGGCAAAUGGUUAUAUUCGUGAAGGGGGAACGAUGGAUUUGGCACAGAAAAGCGAUUUUGUUUUCAGUGAGUUGGUUUGGAGGUCCUUUCUUCAAGACGUGAAAGCGAAGAUAUUUUGUAACACACUUCAUGAGACAAUUAUAUGUAAAAUGCAUGAAUUAAUGCAUGACAUGGCAAAAGAUGUUUCAGAUGAAUGUGCAUCUGCAGAAGAGCUGAUUCAAGGAAAAGCAUCGAUAAAAGAUAUAAAUCACAUGCAAGUAUCACGGCAUGAGUUGAAUGAAAUCAAUGGAUUACUAAAAGGCAGAUCGUCUCUCCAUACUUUGUUAACUCAAUCAGCUCACAAUCAUCUUGAGUUAAAACUGAAGUCAGUAAGAUCGUUAUGUUGUGAAGGUCUUUCUGUUAUCCAUGGCCAGCUUAUAAGUACGGCACACUUGAGGUAUCUUGAUCUUUCUAGGUCAAAGAUUGUUAGCUUGCCAAAUUCACUAUGUAUGUUGUACAACUUACAGUCGUUGUGGCUCAAUGGAUGCUCCAGGCUACGGUAUCUACCAGAUGGUAUGACAACUAUGAGGAAGAUCAGCUAUAUUCAUCUUUUGGAAUGUGAUAGUUUGGAACGGAUGCCACCAAAACUUGGUCUACUGCAGAACCUUCGCACACUGACAACAUUUAUUGUGGACACUGGAGAUGACUUAGGAAUUGAGGAGCUCAAAGACCUGCGACAUCUUGGCAACAGGUUGGAACUGUUCAAUUUAAACAAAGUAAAGAGUGGGUCAAAAGUCAAUUUCCAUGAGAAGCAGAACCUAAGUGAAUUGUUGUUGUAUUGGGGCCGUGACCGAGAUUAUGAUCCAUUAGAUAAUGAGGAAUUUAAUAAAGACGAAGAAGUACUGGAAUCUCUUGUUCCUCAUGGUGAACUCAAAGUUUUGAAGCUACAUGGGUAUGGUGGCUUGGCUAUGUCGCAAUGGAUGAGAGACCCUAAAAUCUUCCGGUGCCUUAGAGAACUCGUUAUCACUGAGUGCCCAAGAUGCAAGGAUUUACCGAUAGUAUGGCUGUCAUCUUCUCUUGAAGUUUUGAAUUUAUCCGAAAUGAUCAGCCUGACAACAUUAUGUAAGAACAUCGAUGUGGCAGAGGCAGGAUGCAACACCUCUCAGCAAAUUUUCCCAAAGUUGAGAAGGAUGCGGUUACAAUAUUUGCCUGAGUUGGAGAGAUGGGCAGAGAACAGUGCAGGAGAGCCUAGUACCUCAGUGAUGUUUCCCAUGCUUGAAGAGCUAAAAAUCUACCAUUGCUAUAAGCUUGUAAGUUUUCCCGAGGGCCCAGUUCUCACACUUCUAUCUUGUCGAGGUGACUCUGCACGUGGUCUUGUUCCUGUGAGCAUGCCCUUGGGCUCUUGGCCAUCUCUUGUCCACUUGGGCAUUGGAUUGCUGGCUGAGGUGGUGAUGCCUCCAGAGGACCUUCAAAGCCAAAACCAAAGACCUCUAGACACCAUGCGGAGUUUGAAAAUCCUGGGUGAGGAUGGUUUCGUAUCAAUAUUUAACCUGUCCAAAUCUCAACUUGGGUUUCGAGACUGUUUGGCCUUUGUGGAAAAAUUGGAGAUUGGAUCGUGCCCCAGUAUUGUUCACUGGCCAGUGGAGGAGCUCCGAUGCUUGCCUUGCCUUCGAUCUCUGAAUAUUUGGUACUGUAAGAACUUGGAGGGGAAGGGCUCAUCAUCUGAAGAAAUCCUUCCGCUACCCCAGCUGGAAUGGUUAUCGAUACAGCAUUGUGAGAGCUUGCUUGAGAUUCCCAAGUUGCCCACAUCCCUAGAGGAAAUGGGGAUCCGCUGCUGCAACAGUUUGGUAGCUCUGCCUUCAAACCUUGGAAAUCUGGCCAAGCUCAGGCAUUUCUCCAUUGAGGACUGUGGUGAGAUAAAAGCACUACCUGAUGGGAUGGAUGGUCUUACUUCCCUUGAGAGGUUGAGUAUUGGAGAGUGUCCAGGGAUAGAGAAAUUUCCACAGGGUCUCCUCCAGAGGCUCUCAGCCCUCAAAUUCCUGGAGAUAAAAGCCUGCCCUGACCUGCAGAGACGUUGCAGACAAGAUGGGGAGUACUUUGACUUGAUUUCUUCUAUUUCAAGUAAAGACAUUCCAGAAGUAGAGUCCAACAUAAAGAAGUUUGUGAAGAAGCUCAUCCCCUUCUGCUGA